AUGGCCACAGACGACCCAACAAUCGUAUCCUUCACGGUUAGGGACCUGCGAUGGCCGACCUCACUCAAGAACAUUGGCUCAGAUCCAAUGAAUCUAGCAGGCGAAAAUGCUCUCGGUUACCUUCAGUAUCACACGGAUACUGCGCUCAUAGGGACUGGUUGGUCUUUCAGCAACGGACAAGGCAAUGAAGUGCUGUGCACAGCGAUAAGAAGCCUGGCGCCACGGCUUGUUGGGCGAAAGCUUUCCAGCUUAACGUCAAACAUGGGGGAGACCCAACGGCAAAUGGUUUCUGGUCAAAUACGAUUCAUGUCACCUGAGCGCGGGGUCCUCCAACUUGCUACAUGUGCUGUUUUGAAUGCAAUCUGGGAUCUCUGGGCAAAACAUGAGCGAAAGCCGCUAUGGAGAUUGGUCUGCGACUUUUCGCCCGAAGAACUUGUCCGUUGCAUAGACUUCAGAUAUCUCACCGACGUGGUGACUCCUGACGAAGGCAUCGAGAUGCUGAAGCGGCUAGAAGCAUCGAAGUCUGAACGGCUGAGAGCAGCUUUGGAAAACCAGGCAGUUCCAGCCUAUAACACUUCUGCAGGUUGGUUGGGUCACUCAGACGAUGAAAUUCGAGAGCUUCUUAAAUUGGCAAUGUCUCAGGGAUUCAAGCACUUCAAGCUCAAGGCCGGACUUGGUCUGCAGUCGGAUCGUAAGCGGCUCGGCUUCGUACGUGAGGUCGCUGGAAAAGAUGCAAUCUUGAUGGUUGACGUCAAUCAAUUGUGGGACGUUGACGAAGCCAUUGAGUAUAUGAAGACCCUAGCAGACCUCGACAUCUGGUUCGUCGAGGAGCCAACAUCUCCAGAUGAUAUUUUAGGACAUUCGCGAAUCCGCAAAGCCCUUAAGCCUUAUAAAAUUGGAGUCGCCACUGGAGAGCAUGUUAAUAAUCGCGUCAUGUUCAAACAAAUGCUGCAGGCAGAAGCAUUAGACGCUGUUCAACUGGACGCGCUCCGGCUCUGCAGUGUCAACGAGAUUCUCAGCGUCCUACUUAUGAGUGCCAAAUUCGGAGUUCCUGUUGUGCCUCACUCAGGGGGUGCUGGAAUGGUGGAAUUGUGUUCGCAUAUCAGCACGAUAGAUUUUGUUGCUGUCUCUGGCAAAAAGAGUAUACUCGAGUACACCGACCAUCUCCACGAAGCAUUUGCAGCACCCGCGCACAUCACCGAGGACGGAUAUCACGUCACCCCCACAGUUCCUGGAUACUCUUGUGAGGUAAAGGAGCAAGAGUUUGAGCUUUUGGAAAUCUGGACAGGGGAGAACAAUGCUUUCGGAUCCAUGGCGCGGAGUCCCGAAUCUGCAGAGAUCAUGACGAUGGUUGUGUCCUGA